AUGUUACGUCCUGUGAGGUUACUGAGACCUCAUUGCACAGACAAAGGCCCUGAAGAUAUUGAAGAAGCGCCAAACCCAUGGGCACCGUUCCAGUCCGAGAUGGACUGGAGGUUCGCAUCGUGGGCAGUUCAGGAGGGCCUAAGUCAAGGCUCUGUAGACAGAGUCUUGGAGAUACCGGGGGUGAGUAGUAUUGCGUUGCAGCUCAAGCUGUAUGUACUAACUCAUUUUGCGUCUGUGGCGCCCUAG